GCGGCACGCAAAAUGCUAACGAAAGUUGUCAAUGCCCUCACCGCUAUGCGCGAAAUCGGAGGUCCCGCUGCUUCUAGCUAUCUUCUCGGCCUGCCCGAUCAUUACACCAAUCACCGAUUCAAAGUUUUCUUUUGGUACAACUACGUUCAACAUAUCACACAACAGCUGGAGCUUUCUGCCGCUACAGAUUCCACGGAAGAAGAGAGGGUUUUGGUCGCCGUGCAGUCAAACACUGUAGUAGCUAUGAACAAGGUGAACGACUACAUCUACCGCCCGGUGUUUUUCGAGAAAUGGUCUCUGUACGAUUACCUUCGCGCUACAGAUGUAAAGAAGGCCGAUCAUUCCAAUGACGAACUAGAACCCGAUCCUGCACCAAAAGGUGUAGCCUACCGUUUCCUACGCGGUCACCCUUUGCAUAGGACUCACGUUGUGCGUUUAGUGCCUGAAAAAGAGCGGUACGUUCUGAACUUUGUCGGCGGCACUCUGCCCAGAGUUGACAGAGGCGAUCUUGUGACUUACCACAAAACAAUGAUGAUUUUCUUCUCUCCCACAGGUUGGCGUUCCGCUCGCGAUUUGCUGCCGUGUAACAGUACCUGGGCAGAUGUAUUUACUUCUUCUGUUUUCAGUGACGAAGCCACCGGCGUCAUGAAGAACAUGAACGUUCUGUACGAAUGUCUUGACGCGAGAGACGAUUACUCCGCCGCCCGCCGUGCUGGGCAGGGCGACGAUGACGGUGCGGAGUUAGGCCGCUUUGGCCGACAAUCUAAAGACGCCUCUGAGUUGGUGGAGGAGGGUGGAUCGUCUGCUUACGUAGAUACCGAGCGCGACCUCCUCGCUCUGCUGGACGACCCAUCUUGCGUGGCCGAUAGAGUUACCGUACGAAAGACUAAAGAGAUGGAUGCGAUGCGUGAUCUGUUGGCGAGGGUUUCGUAUAGUGUUGUGAACCCGGGCUCCAAGCAAUCGUGCCUUCCCGUAUGGACUCUUCCCUCGCGAGAUCCCGCUAUCUGGAAGGACUGUGUCACUCGCGGAAAGCAGGCAGUGAUUGCGAGCCGUUCUCUGAAGCCCACAACGCUCGAAAACGAGUCUGUUGUACCUGUGGACCGUAUCCAUCAGCCUCAGCGUACUAACAUUGUUGCUGUUGUGACCGCUGACUCUCUCCGCAAACUUUGUCCUGGUUUCGUAGACACGCCGUUGCAAGACUCUGCCAUUAUAACUCUAGUGGACACCUUAGAGCAUUUUACCCUCAACACCGAACAGCAACUGGCGUUCACCAUUGUGGCACACACCAUCCAGCAGCGCAUUCCUGACAAACUUCGGAUGUUUCUGUCCGGAAUGGCUGGUACCGGUAAGUCCGAGGUGCUCAAAGCGCUCAUGUACUUUAUGGGAGCUCGCGGAGAGAGUCACCGGUUGUUGGUUCUAGCACCUACCGGAUCUUCCGCUUCGAACGUUAAUGGGAGCACGUACCAUUCCGCUCUGUGUUUCGGACGUGAUCAUGAAGACCUCAGUAAAAUGGACGAUAACAAGCUGGCGAGGCUGCGG